AUGUGUAAAUCAGCUACUUACACAAAUUCAAAUUUCUGGGAAUUCAUUAUCAAUAAACAUCAUGAUGAUCCAAAUGACCAAGUGUCAAUGACGUUGGUUGAUGUUAUCAGUGGAAAAACUUGGUACGGAUGUGGUCAACAUAUCGCUUAUGCCAUGAGUCAAGCUCCAAAGGAAGAAUGGUGUACUUGUGUUAGUACUUCUGGUACUGAUAUUGGAGAAUUCCCUCCAAAGUAUGGUGAUGGUAAACAAGCUUAA